CAGCACAUUCAAUUUGGGGAGGCCAUUGCAAAGAGGAUCCCGCGGGGCUGGAGAAAGAAUCACUGAAGUCCAGGGAGGAGGAGAGGCGGGAAGGGAAGAUGGGCCGGUCCCUCGGCGUCCUGAUGCUUGGCCUGGCUUCGGCAUGCCUGCUCUGGGAGGGUGCACAAUGCCUGUUACGGAAUUACUGGCUGACGGCCCCUCCUGCUGUCUCCGUGCCGCUGGGACUCUGUGUCAUCAUCCCCUGCAAUUUCACCUAUGAACAAAGGCAUGCGGACAGAGAUGCCCCUUUGUAUGGCUAUUGGUUUGAAGCAGAAAGUGUUUACACAGGGGCUCCGGUGGCCACCAACAAUCCAAGGAAAACAGUUCAAAGCUACACGAGGAAUCGCUUUACUCUCUCGGAACAUCUGGACCAAGGUGACUGUUCGCUCACCAUCAAGAAUGCCAGGAAAACUGAUCGAAAGCAGUACAUUUUCAGAGUGGAGAGAGAGCCUCGUGCAAAAUUCACUUACAGUUUUUAUGCCGUGCCCUAUGUGAAUGUAACAGAACUGGGAAAGCCAGAAAUACAGAUUCCAAGAGAGCUUCGGGCAGGCCAGCCGGUAAAUAUCACGUGCACAGCCCCAGCAAGUUGUCCUCCAAUGUCCCCAAACAUGACCUGGGAAGGCAUCUCUGAAGCAUCCACCUCUGGGAUCUCUGCCAUGCUGCCAAGUGGCUCCGACAUUUAUAGGACUGUGUUCAACUUCAGACUGUCAGCGGCAGACCACGGCAAGCUUCUCACGUGCAGCGUCAGCUACGGGAAGGGGCCCGAGGCAACGCAAACGGCAGAAAUAGUCCUGCUGAAUGUCCACUACCCGCCCCAGACGCCCCAGUUCAGCGGGGAACUCAUACGCGCGAACAGAAAUCUGCAGAACUUUUCCGGUGUGACCCAGAUUAGUGCACAGAGGGGUGACUCUGUGGUGCUACGGUGUGAGGUGGAGGGCAACCCCGUGCCCAGCGUGACUUGGGUGAGGGGCCCACAGCCCCCCCAGACACUCCAGCUGGUCUCCUCAGAGAACGAACUGAAGCUUUCCAGCCUGACACAGCAGCACGAGGGCAAAUAUGAAUGCCGGGCCCAGAACAGCGAAGGCUCCAGCAAGGCAACCUUCCUGCUCUCCACAACAGCCCCUGCGGAGUCUGGGAAUCUGAGCACAUUCAUUCCUCUAGUGCUUGUCAUGUGCCUGGUCAAGGCUGUGCUUCUCUUCUUCUGUUUCUUUGCUUUCCGGCUUUUGGACCAGAAGAAAGCUGCAUCUGGAAAGAGCAAAACGAAGAGCAGGGAGGCGGCAACAGCACAGGCAGCCCAAGCGGUCGAGAAGCAAGCGGAAGCAGCAGUGCCGUCAGCACAUGUGUGAACUGUCCCGACUGUGGGCCGGUGGGGCACUUCUCUGGGGGCACGGGACCUCCUUGUUUGGCAGUAGCAGCUGGUGGAGCAGGUCCCGUGAGCUGGGAAAGAUCCUGAGUGGCCCCAAGGGAGUUCCUGUUUCCUCUCUUCCCACUGGAGCAGAAGUUGGCGAGGGGGAGGUGAUUGUGGCCAUGUUGGGCAGGGUGGGAUGUCUUUCUUAGACGUCCAUGGACGACUGUUCAGAAGUUGCAGCUUGUGCGAAAUGUGGCAGCCAAAUUAAGACUAGGGACCUAAUGGCCUCAACACACAGUACCAGUUUGGAUCUACUUGUGUUCAUCCCUGUUAAACCUAAGCCUCAUUCAAGGUGCUGGUUUUCAACCUAUGAGACUCUAUCUAAUGUUGGGCUGUAAUACCUGACAGAACACCUCUCCCAACCUGAAAGGGAGACCUUACUCUGAAUGCUCCUCCAGGGGAGUCCUGGGAGAGUCGCCACAAGGCAAUGGAGCUUCUCAGUGCUGGCCCCUCAAUGAUGGGGUUGUCCCCCCAGUGAGGCCUCCCUGGCACCAUCUUUGUCAGUAUUUUGGCACCAGCUUAAGACUGACCAUGUCUCCCAAGCAUCUAAUGGCAUCAGUGAUAUUCAGUGGCAUCAUGGGGUCAUCUGUGCCCCCUGUUGAACAGGUCUACCACGUACUGAAAUGUUAGCUGUCGUUUUUAUUUUUCUUUACAUUUUGUACAUUGAAAAAUUCCAUGCAGUGUUUUACUGUAUUUAUGGUCUGUGUUUCUGCGUGUUGUGAACUGCCAAGAGAGCUUCAAGUAUUGGGUGGAACUGAACUGAACAAUGAAAUGCAUAAUAUAA